AUGACGGAACUCGACCAUAUCGUUGUGGCAGUUGAGAAUCUCGAAGAUUCAAUCGAAGCCUUCAAGGAGGCAACCGGCGUUCGACCAGUUAUCGGCGGGAGUCACGACGGCAAAGGUACUCGGAAUGCAUUGCUCGCACUUGGACCGAAAGUUUAUCUUGAGCUGUUGGCGCGUGAUCCUGCCCAGGCAAAUGGUGACCAUCCAUCAUGGCUCGGAGCCUUAGACUGGGAGGAGCUGCGCAUGCGGACCUCUGGCGUCUCGUCAUAA